GCGAUGGGCACGGGGAUUUUGGUGAUGCUCGGUCCCGAAUGCGCAAGGGGAGGACGAAUUUGAGGUUGAGGAUCUUGGGGUCGGGCAUGUAGCUUUCGCUGUUUUCGACAGAUUCGGGUAUGCCGGGGAAGGUCGAUCCCGACGAUGGGCUGCAGGAGAGACGUGCGGACGUGCAUCUUCCCAGCGGUGCACCUCCACGGCAGCAGGAUGGCGGGAUUUGGCCCCUCGUAGGCGGGAGAAAGAUUGGAGAGAUAGUUUGUUUUAAAUGGGCUGGAGGACGGAGCCAUGGAGGAUGUCGAUUUGAGACUCCAUGGAUUGUGAAAACUCUCACCAAUGUCGGAACCAUCGCCGUCCAGCAUCUGAAGCAGCAGCACGACGGCUGGACAUCUCAGAGUGUCGUUCACGGGCUGCAGAGAUCGGUGCGUCCUCCCGGCGCUCAGCUGUCUCCGUCCCAAGAUGCUGCAUCUGUAUUCAAAGCCGAGGGUAAAAGAUUCAGCCCUUUCGUUCAAGGCUUUCUGCCGCAAGUGAAGGCUGGAAUUCUGAAUUUCAGUCAGUGGGGCAAGAAAGGAGAAGCCUCGGAUUCUAUCUCGAAAGACGAGCUAGGUGAGCUCGAAGAAAGAGCACUAGCACAGGCUUUGGCAAGACGUAAGCCGGCCACAGUAAUUGAGUUCUACUCUCCCAGAUGUACUCUCUGCAGAUCUCUUGUGAGCGUGGUGACACAGUUGGAAAGAAAGCAUGAAGAUUGGUUGCACAUUGUUAUGGUCGACGUGGAAAAUAAGAGAUGGCUUCCAGAGGUGAUGCUGUACGAUAUAAAAUACGUGCCUUGUUUUUUACUUUUAGAUUCAUAUGGUAAUGCUUUGGUGAAGACUGGAGUUCCUUAUAGUCGAAAACAUGUUCUUCAAGGGUUAUCCUACAUAUUGGAGAGUAUGAAGCCCAUUAAGAACAGGGUGAAGUACUUAAGCAAUAAUCCAGGUAACGAUGAGAAUUCAUCCUGAGGGAUUGUUAACGAUAUCCAAGCUUCGACGUAAAGAUGGAAUUGCCUACACGUUAUAGAACAAUUUUCCCAGGACUGUUGCUUCGCGUUAUAUACCUUGUUCUAGGCCUAUAAUCAUCACGGGUUUGUUGAUUAUCAAACUAAUUGACACGCCGUAGGAUGGUCAAGAGAACUUGCUUUGGUCCUUAUCAUGGUGAAUCAAACCUGGAGAAAGACGGACGAGUUCUGCGCUUCUGCCUGAACUCGUGACUGCAUGUGAUGGUUUUUCCGCUCAGAGUUCUUUAAACAACAGAGCGAAACGAUACUUCAGAUAUGUCAUAAUUAUGAAGCAAAGUGGCGCAUACCCUCUCGGUUUUGAGGGGACUCUGUUAUUAUUGACGGGGAAACGAUUUGAACUUCCAAUGGUUACGAAAUAUCGUUCUUUCAUGAAAGCGAAUAUACUCUAGAUUUUAUAUUUUGAUUAUUACCGCCAUAUAGUCAUGAGCACGACGAGAGGGCAGGUGACGACACCAAUUGAGCAAAUUGAUUAGUCUCUAGGUAUAAUUUACACCAGCGAAAUAAAAAUAUCUACAUUGCAAGAUGCUAAAGAAUGCAAUGCACUGUAGUUAGAUAAAUUUAUCCUUAGGGAUGUAGAUUUCAACCAGAGACGAGGAAUGUA